AUGGACUCAAACGCAGCCAUUUGUGCUGCUGUGGUUGCCGCUGUGCAAGCUGUAGUCUCGCACGACGGACGAAACAACCCUGGCGCGAAGGUGCACAAGAUCGUUGUACCUAACUCCACAUGGGAGACUGUUAAAACCAAAUCAGGUUACGACCAAUGGUUUCGUCGCUACCUGCAAUGUCGGCGCUCAGUGUUCACGACGAUAGCACGCAAAGUCGAUGCCAAGUGGACCCAAGUGCACGGACGACUGUACCACAACACAGCCAUCUUGGUUGACGAUCGCGUAGCCUGCGCGAUGCACUACUUGACGCAUGCCGAUGGAUACGAUGCGACAGCGUUAGUCUUUGGGAUCAGCAAGACGAUGGCGAGGCGAGAACGUACACGUUGCAAGCUUGCCAGGUUCUAUGCCAGUGCUACUUAG